GUUCAACACUCGCUUCCUUCGUUGGGCGCUUUUCGCCCCCCCUACAACUUUUUAGAGCCGAAUUAAAGCCCAGCCCAGGUGCCCUACGGCAGCGAUAAGAUCCCGAGCCUCGGAGAAGAGCGCGGUAUUUUUAGAGGCGAAUGUUCCCCAGCUACAAAGUGAAGGUCACUGGACUCAAUCCAAAGACGAAGUACAUCCUGCUGAUGGAUAUCGUACCGGCGGAUGACCACAGAUACAAAUUCGCGGAUAACAAAUGGUCGGUGACAGGCAAGGCAGAGCCGGCCAUGCCCGGCAGGCUGUACGUGCACCCCGACUCCCCCGCCACCGGAGCGCACUGGAUGAGGCAGCUGGUUUCCUUCCAGAAGCUCAAACUCACCAACAACCACCUGGACCCCUUCGGACAUAUCAUCCUGAACUCCAUGCACAAGUACCAGCCCCGGCUUCACAUCGUGAAAGCGGACGAGAACAACGGCUUCGGCUCCAAGAACACCGCCUUCUGCACCCACGUCUUCCCGGAGACCGCCUUCAUCGCCGUCACCUCCUACCAAAACCACAAGAUCACCCAGCUGAAGAUAGAGAACAACCCCUUCGCCAAAGGCUUCCGUGGCAGCGAUGACAUGGAGCUCCACAGGAUGUCCAGGAUGCAGAGUAAAGAGUACCCAGUUGUUCCCCGGAGCACAGUGAGACAAAAAGUGUCCUCGAACCACAGCCCCUUCAGUGGUGAGACCAGGGUCCUUUCUGCCUCCUCCAACCUGGGCUCCCAGUACCAGUGUGAGAACGGGGUGUCCAGCACCUCCCAGGACCUGCUGCCUCCUGCCAACCCCUACCCCAUCUCCCAGGAGCACGGCCAGAUCUACCACUGCACCAAGAGAAAAGAUGAGGAAUGUUCCACCACCGAGCAUCCCUACAAGAAGCCCUACAUGGAAACCUCUCCAGCAGACGAGGACCCUUUCUACAGGUCCAGUUACCCUCAGCAGCAGGGACUGAACACGUCGUACAGGACUGAGUCGGCGCAGCGCCAGGCCUGCAUGUACGCCAGCUCUGCGCCGCCCACGGAGCCCGUGCCCAGCCUGGAGGACAUCAGCUGUAACACGUGGCCCAGCGUGCCCUCGUACAGCAGUUGCACAGUGUCUGCCAUGCAGCCCAUGGACAGGUUACCCUACCAGCAUUUCUCUGCCCACUUCACCUCGGGGCCGCUCAUGCCCCGCCUGGGCAGCGUGGCCAACCACACGUCGCCCCAAAUCGCAGACACCCACAGCAUGUUCCAGCACCAAAGCUCUCACCAGCCCAUCGUGAGGCAGUGUGGACCUCAAACGGGCAUCCAGUCCCCUCCCAGCAGCCUCCAGCCGGCGGAAUUCCUGUAUUCCCACGGCGUGCCUCGAACCCUGUCGCCCCACCAGUACCACUCGGUGCACGGCGUGGGGAUGGUGCCAGAGUGGAGUGAGAACAGCUAACCAGGGGGGCAGGGAGUGCCAGAGCCACGGAGAAAUCCCAGCAAAAGGGAGAAGGAAAAGGAAAAGAAUCCCCCUGUUGAUAACAAAGCGUUUUGCAAGACUCCUUGAAGUGAAUGUUCACCGCUAGCACUCGAGAGGGACGGACGCUGACUGAAACCACGGCCUCGCUGUGACUUGCCCUGACCCCCCUUUUGUUUUCUUUUGUUUCAAAAGAAAAGCCAACAGCCCAGCACACUUCUGUCCCUCCACGGUCCCACCCAGUUUGUGUUGCUGCCACCACCCUCGUCCCCCCCCCGCCCUUCUGCUCUUUUUGUUCUCCAAGGGACACCAAA